AUGAUUAUGCCCCUUGAGGAUUAUGCCUUCCCAAAGUUUUUUUGGUGUGCAUCCAACAAUUGGUUUUUAAGGGAAGAAACAAUAGGAGGAGUUGUUAAUGAUAAAUGGUUUGAACUUUUUAAUGACUACUUCUUUCAUUGGUUCAACGUCUUGCAGCGACCUCCAGAUGCACCGAGUACAUACAAAGGACCAAAUCAGAAGGUACCCGUACUUUCUACUGCGACAUUGAAUCUUGCAGACUUUGCUUCCAUAGCUGGAGAUAAACAGGAGGGCAUUGAAAUUUUCAUUCCUUUGGAAGUCUCUGUUGGCAGCUUCAAGAGUUGCCUUUCACUCUGUCUAGUGCUCAACCUUGUGGAAUUGAGGAACACUCACGAAGCUUCAGAGACAUUUUCGAAGUUUAUCAUGUCUGCUCCAGUAUCUCCGAACCCUGGAAAGGCUUUAUUGACAGACAAAAAUGGGGGUGGUUUUUUAAAAGCAGGUCUGCGAAAGGUUAAAUUUUUGAAAGCAUUAUCUUUUAGGCGACACAAGAAGGCAUAUCAUGCAGAGGAAGGCAGCAGCAGUGAUGGAAGGAACUCAGUCAGAAGUGAGGAUCCCAAUUAUGUUUAUCCUGUGGAUACAGAUUCACUUGAUGAGGAUUCAGAAGGAGAAUCUGAGGAAGGAAAAGAGUAUAAAAGUGUUCAGAAGUCAUUCAGUUAUGAAGCACUCGUCUAUGCAAACCAUGCUGGUGGAUCAUUUUGUUCAAAUACAAGCGGCAGCAGCAGUGAUGAGGAUUUAGUCCACUACAGCCAUCAUAUUUCAGACACAAGGCACAAGUACCCUGAGGAUACAACUGCAGCAAAUCAAUCUGCAGAGCAGAGUUCAAAACGUAGUCUUAUUUCCUAG